AUGGCCACAUUACAGUUAGCGUUACUUGGUCGCAAUAAGAUUGGUCUAGUUGAUGGUUCUUGUACCAAGGAAAGUGUUAAUGAAGAACUAUGGGGGCAAUGGGAGAGGGUAAAUGCAAUUGUACUUUCUUGGUUGUUAAAUUCUGUUUCUAAGAAUCUUCUUGGAGGGGUAGCGUUUGCUUUUUCUGCUUAUAGUGUUUGGGAAGAUUUAAGAGAAAGGUUUGAUAGGGCAGAAGUUAUACCAGCUUCUCAUGGGAUUAAUAAAAGCUAUAAUCAAGCAAGAAGUCAAAUAUUGCUCAUGGAUCCAGUUCCUAGUGUGAAUCAGUCUUAUGUUAUGAUAGUCAGUGAUGAAUGCCAAAAAUUUGUAGCAUCUAGUAGUGGUAGUAUUGGAAUGAACACAAUAAUGGCAAAUGGUAUGGAUCCCAUGGUUAUGUACUCAAGAAAUAGUGGUUUCAAUGGCAGAAAUUAG